ACGCUGGAGGACGUUGGAUCCCUUGGAUCAUUGUAUUUGAAGCUGAACUCACACGGAAUAGACAGGAACUAGGACAUCACUCCAGGAAAAUACUGGUUAGUGACUUAUUCCUUAUAUUCUAGCUUCAGGUAUCAACCUAGUGGUCAAGCUGGGGGCGCGACCGCUACAGUGGCGCUGCGAGCCUGACUGUGCCUGCUUUUGUGGGCAUUUUAGGCCAAUUUCUGAAAAUUAAAAUUGGGAUAUUGAUUGAUUGUCUCGCGGUGAGCAAGGCCCCCCGUAUUCGCAUCGGACGUGCAUUUCCCUAUGCCCCGCUGCGUGGGGGGAAACGGUCGCCGCUGGAGAGGGUAAAAUCAGGGAGGAAAUUGGGGUGAUUUUGGUAGAUAGGGUCCAGUUAUUAGGGUCCUGUCGAUUUAUAUAUAUAUUCUGUGAAUAUCGGGGAAGGUGGUGUGUAUGUGUGUCCCGAGUUAGACUAGGUAAGUUUGACUUGGGACAUUUUUUCGAUAGUCGUCGCCUCUCUUUUUUGGAGGUUUCCGUCGCGGGGACUGAUGGUAGUUCCGGUACCGUGACGGAAAUUUCCACAAAGGAGAAGGAGAGCACAUGUCGUGGAGUUGUGUGUUUGUUGUCGUUGUUUGCUAUUUAUUUCUGUUUCUUGUUGUGGCUGUGUGUUUUAAGUCAGUGUGAUUGUAAUUUUUACGUGUGUUUUUGGUUGUUUUGGUGAUUUUGGUGUCGUUUUGUGAGUGAUUUGUGAUUGCACUAUUUGUGUUAGGGUGCAGGGUGCGGAAGGGUAAGGGUGGUACGGCUGGGCCGGAAGACGGCACGGAGCGGGAUCCACGUAGCGGGGCUGCCGCGGAGGGAUACGUUCCGACCUCACUGCUGGCACAGACGCCAUCUUGUCCUCCAUCGUUGAGCAAUCGUCGACCAAUUCAUUUUUACGGACGAAAAAAUUGAUUUGAGAACCAAUUUGAGCAGAGGAAGGUGUGGAAAGUACAGAAAUAGGUAGGAUUUUAAUCAUACUAUUUUCCGAUUAGUAUAUUUGUGGUGUAGUGGUUGUUUUAGCGUGUUGUUUUGCUCCUCGAAGUUGGGUUUAUUGUUAGGCAUAUCUAGAUUAGAUCUAGAACACGGGCAGCCCCACUCGUUCACUUUCGAGUGGGGUAGGAAGUGUGUGUGUGGAUAUACGGUGUUGGGUGUUUGCGACGUAGGUGGCGUAGUGUGUGAACCCACCCACUCACUGUAGUGGGGAGUUCAGAAAAAAAAAAAAAAAAAAUCAAAGAAAGAAAAAGAAAGAUUAUUUGAGAGAGAGUGUGGGGUGACUCGGUGUGCAUGAAAUAUUUUGUGUGCUGAACUUGGACUUCAGUGUGAUAUCACUGAUAGAACCAGCUUCGAGGAUUACUAAAAUAAAUAGGUAAAUUAAUAAAAGACAAGUUAGGCUUAGAGUUUAAUAUAAAUAUUUUUAGAACUAAAAUCAUUCUUUUUGGCAGUGCUAGCGCAAACUAUUAACAACAGCCGGACUAAACUAAUCUAAUUAAUAAUAAAAGCUAGACUUUUAUACCAUAAAUUGGGUUCGCUUUUGGACCUAAUUUUUUGGGAUAGCUUUUUGGAUAACUUUAGCAGGUUUUUUGGUCGGGCUAAUUACUGUGCCUAACCAUUAACUGUUAAAGGUAUAUUUUUGGACUUAUACCGGUUUUAUAAUUUUAGUUGCUAAAAAUAAAAGAAUUGUUAUAAAAUAAAUUGGGUCUGCAUUUGGACCUAAUUUUUUGGGAUAGCUUUUUUGGAUAACUUUAGCAGGUUUUGGUCGGGCUAAUUACUGUGCCUAACCAUUAACUGUUAAAGGUAUAUUUUUGGACUUAUACCGGGUUUAUAAUUUUAGUUGCUAAAAUUAAAAGAAUUGUUAUAAAAUAAAUUGGGUCUGCAUUUGGACCUAAUUUAUUGGGACCACUUUGGGAUAAAUUUAAGUAGGUUUUUGGUCGGGCUUAUUGUGCCUAACCAUAAACUGAUUGGGGUAUAUUUUUGGACCUUUUUUGUAAUUUAGUUGCCAAAGGGAAAUAAAAGAAAGAAUUUAAUAAGAUUGGGUUAGAUUGAGACCUAGUUUUAGAAUAGCUUUUGGAUAAUUUCAACAGGGGUUUGGUUGGGCUCAGUAUUGGGCCUAACUGAACCUUGCUAGGAUAACACCAAUUAGGGUAAACACAACAUGGACGGGGAAGAGAAAAUCCCCAUUAAUGUGUGCUCCUUUGAGGAGUUUAGGUCGCUAGGGCUAAGCUCAGCCCUAGCCGGGAUAAUUCAGGGGGUCAGACUGGACCAUGGGGAGAUAACCCCUGAGCUUUUUGAGAGCAGUCCAGUGCUGUGUAACAAUCGAGAACUAGCCGCACGAGUGGACUUUUCGGGGGGCACCCAGGGGGGAGAAUCUAGUAUUUUCAUUACUCCCAGGGGGCGCCCCACCAUGAGCACCCCUCGCAGGGAACCCGACCAGAAUGGGGCGGGGCCAGGGGGUGCUUACCCAUAUGAUCAUUAUCCACCUCCUGCGGCAAGCCAGUCUAGUGGGUCCUGGGGCGCCAGCCCUUCGCACCUCCGGGGAGAGAGGGGGCCCCAGCCCCCAAGCACCCGAGGGGCAGGCAUGGGGGGUGGUGUAGAGCCGAGGGUCAGACCCAGGCAUCUAAUAGGUGAAGAGGCUAAUGAGGCCUAUGCGAAUAGAUGCGGGCAGGUAAGUGGUGACUCGAGCGAGUGGUCCGGGGGUGAUGACUUCCCCGCUAGGCAUCCCUCCCUGGGGGGGAGGCAGGGGAUAAGUAUAAGGACCAGGGUAGGAGAUGGGAGGGGCUCCUCAGCCCCACCCCCUACCCCAGACUACAGCGCAAGGAAUGUGCGGGCGGGUAUGACACGCCCAGCCCAGCACAGUUCGUCUUCGCCGCCUAGUAGCCCGGCUGCGUCACCUGCGAACUCUAGUGCUUCCUCGGGAAGGGGGACCGGCGGUGGGUUACCUUAUUACACGCUGCCAAAGUCCCUCACUUUCGACGGCAAGGGUAACUGGAGGGCUUUCUUCAGAAAGUUCUCCGCCUUUGCUGAUCACCAUAAUUGGACUGCAAUGGAGCGCGUAAGCCAGCUAUACUGGGGCCUGAAAGGGAAGGCUGAAGAUUAUUUGCUAAUGGUCUUGGACCAAGAGCCAAAUAUGCCAUAUGCAGGUCUAGUGGCCCGGCUGCAGCACAGGUUCGGGGAGGAAGGGCUCUCUGAAUCUGCUCAGCUGGAGUUUGUGGCAGCCAAGCAGGGACCCACUGAAUCCCUGCCAGACUGGGCAGACCGGGUGCUCCAGCUAGCAGCGCGUGCUUUUCCAGGGGUCAAUGGGUCCUACCCGAAUAGACAGGCGGUCCUUCGCCUGUGCCAGGGCGCCCUCAACCGAGAGGCGGGGUGCCACGCGCUUACGCGGAAUCCAUCUACCGUGAAUGAGGCGCUUAAGUAUAUUGAGUGGCACCAACACGUGCACCGCGCAAUGUACGGGCGUCCCAAGGCAGUGUCUAAGGCUAGUGAAGGGGAGGUCCGUAAGGUGGAACUACCCCAAGGGAACAAUGCAGCCCUUGAGCAAAGGUUGGUGAACCUAGAACGCAAGACCGAUGAACGCUUGGGCCACAUCGAGCGGGAUCUGCAGCGUCUGGGUGGUUUGGAACGGGACCUCAAGAAGGUCCUGGAGGCUAUCCAGACUAGGCCCCAACUAGCGCGUGAACGCGGGAGGUCACCCGGUCGGGACCGGUGCUAUGAGUGCGGCGGGAUUGGCCACUACAGGAACAAUUGUCCUUCGGUCCAGGAAAACAGGGCCAAGGUACAAGUUUCCUUUGUAGGGGACCAGGAGGAGGAAAACUCCAGCGGGUCGGAGGAGCUGGCCAGCCCCCGGCCCCCACCGCCAGAGGCCAAAUAGAGGGUUCCAAGCUAGCAAGCAGCUCAGAGGGGCCAUCCGUAGGCUCAUCUGAAGGAAUAACAGAGGGCGUGUCGGAGCGCCUGAUAGUCCCAGGGAAUAAUGUAACCGGAAUAGCUACUUAUGUAGAGGCUGCGGCGGGGGAUCCAGUUGGUCCCUUGAACACCCGAAUAUCAGACCUGGGUGAAGCCAUUCUGGAAUCAGUUCCAGAUGCUCUCCCAGGGCUUGGGUGUGCAAGCGAGAUUAAAGAGGUAGUGGUAUGUAGGUUGCAGUCGCGCUCUACUCUCAAGGUCUCAGUUGUUAUAGGGGGGCAGCCAGUAAGCGCAGUUGUCGAUACCGCAGCCGAGGUGUCCAUCAUCUCGGAUAGGCUCCUGCAGUCACUGGACCCCCAGCCCCCUAAACUGAGAGAAGUGAUCCUACAUGCAGCGGGACGGGAUAUGAAGAUGAGGGGGACAAUUGUCGGUCCCCUUCCCAUAGAGUUUGGGAACCAGACGUUCUCGGAGGAAGUAUAUGUAGCUCCUAUAGCUGAUCAUAUGCUCCUGGGGUUAGAUUUCCUCAGCAAGCGCAAGGCUGCGAUUCAUCUCCAAGAUCCGCAUAUGCAGUUGGGAGGUCAGAGAAUUCCGCUUUGGUAUAGUGAUGACCCUGGGCGGCAGAUCGCCCGGGUUCAUUUGCACAAGCGAGUAAUUGUUCCUCCGAAUGCAGUCAAGCGGAUCACCGGCAUUAUAGACCAACGUUUAGGGGAUUUCAUGUUUAACCCUUAGGAUGGCUUACUGCUCCUAGUUCCCGGUUCGGUUUACAGGGCUGGGAAAACGGAACCUAUCUGAUAGGUACCUUAAGGUAACCUGCUCUGAGGUGCUGGGGGAAACUGAAAAAAUUGAAGGGAAGGGAGACGGGAUCGCUCCCUGUUGAAAAAUGGGUUCACCUGGAUCGCGUUUCCUCUACCAGAUUACAGGCAAGCAGCCGUACUAUCGGGGCUACUGGCAAAGUCCUGAUACUGCAUCUGCGGGGAGAAGACGGAAAAACUUCCGAUGUCCCCUCUAGGAUUGUAAGAGAAGCGACCAGGACGAGGGCCAACAGACAUCAGCGGGUUCAUAUCCACUGUUGUACUCUUGGGCCUCUAGAGGUCGAGGCUUGGGGAGAAACUUUCCCCAAUACCUACUUUAGCUUCGGCUGCAAGGUGAAGCAUUUCACCGGGGAGCAGCUGGAUGCAUUGAGGAAGGUUCCUCUCUCCAAGUUAUUGCUGGAGACUGAUUCUCCAUAUCUUCCCGUAGGGGGGGUCAGAUGUAUGACCCCUGCAUACAUCGGGGAGGUGGGAGAACUUGUCGCCUCAGCUAGGCGCAUAGGUUUCCUCACCCUCAUGGAGCGUGCUCGGAUUAAUCAUCUGGCGCUCUAUGGGGUGUAGUGAGGGUAGGAAAGGGGAAUGGAGGAACUUUGUCCUCCAUUUUUUACGAAGGGAUUCUGAUUCCCUUUGCAGUUUUUGGGGUUAGGUUAGCGCGUUUAGGACCCUACAUGUUUUCUGUACAGGAGGAGACCAGCUGGGUCGCCUCCUCUUUGUGUCUUUUGUGUUCGUUGUCUGUUUUCGUCUAUCUCUUUUUUGUAUAUUUAGGCCAUGUAGGAAAUGCUUCAUGGUCCGCUUUGGAGGGGAGUGUUUUAAAUGGCCCUUUUCGCAUAAUGGCAGCGCUGACGCCCCCUUCCUGCACCUGGGGGACCUAGGUUGGGUACUGGUGCUCCAGUUUCUCAACCGAACGGGAAUGCUAUGUAUUGCACAGCCCGGGUAUGAGGGUGCCAAGACAGGGGAGGGCCAGCGGCAGCCCACUGCUAUGGGAAAGUGGAGCUUUCUGGGAAGGGGGGACCCUCCUGGGAUAUGGGUUUUUGUAUGGGUUUUAUAUUUUUUAUAUAUAUACCAUUGUUCUAUAUGUUUUGUAUGGGUUUUUUAAGGAACCUCAAAACUUUAGGUUUUUAGGUGUUAUUACGGGUUUUUACCGUUUUCAUGUUACGGGUUUUUAAAGUUUAAAGUGUUGAACAAGUUUUUAGCACAGUUGUGCCAAGUGUUUUGGAUAGUUUUGGAGUUUUUAUUUAUAUAAGACACAGGACUUGUUUAUGGCUGAUUACGGGUAUUAAAUUAUAAUUAAUUUUUGGGAAUGCAGACUUGGGACAACACAAUGCUGCAUAAGUACUUUUUGCCAAAUUUUAAGGAGCAUUGUGUACAUAAAAGACCAAAGGGAAUUUUGAAAUGGGCUUGUAUUUACUCAUGCCCAGCUGGGGGAUAAGGUCUCCUGGUUGGGGAGCCUAGGGAGUGGAAAAUUUUUUCCUCCCUUUGUCUGGUUUGGAUAGCGUCCAUUUGGGUUGGAAACUCGAGGGACCGAGUUUUAUAGAACGGGGGGGACUGUUGUAGUAAGUCACCCCACCCCCCAUAUAGGUCUUCCACCGGGAGAUGGCGCUGGACCCCUUUUAGACGCUGGAGGACGUUGGAUCCCUUGGAUCAUUGUAUUUGAAGCUGAACUCACACGGAAUAGACAGGAACUAGGACAUCACUCCAGGAAAAUACUGGAGAAAGAGAGGGAGACACAAACCACCUGUCUCGGUGUCACACAUGAGGAGUUGAGGAGGAGAUGAAGUCAGUGAAUAUGACCUGGCCUGGGGGAGUUUCCAGAAGAAGGCCCAGAAUCGCUGGAUGCCAGGAGUGGAGAUCCUUCGUUGCUGCCCUACAUGAUAGGAGGCAUCGGGCAGUAGAUGCUGUAAUUUGAAACGGAAGGUGUCCUGCCAAUAAAUUUUCAGCCCACCUGAACUGCCUUGCCUGCCUGCACCCAGUCAUCUGUUCCUGAGCAUUUUCAUUUUCCUCUAUUUUUCAUCAUCGUUUGUUUCGGCCUGUAUGAAGUGAAUUUCACAUUGAUUGGUGGAGCUGCUAAGUUGGCAUUACAGGGCCACGCCGGGGUAUGAUCCUUUGGGUUGAACAUCAUGACUGCUAGUUGGUCGGCAAAGGUGAUGGGAUCGAUCAAUGUCACAUGGAGUAAGAUCGAUACCAAUCUGCUUUGCUACAUUUCGAACAAUCUUAUACGGAUACGGAUAUUAUUGCGACAGGAGUACUGCUCGAUGUGGUCAAGCCUAUUUGACAAAGCAUUAUGGUGUUAGUCAUGUUAUCAGAAACCGAUUUUUCAAAAUCACGGAGUUGCUUCAAUUUAGUAUCGAUAGAUAUUUCAAGAACGUGUAGACUAGUGAGCUUUUCAUCAAGAAUUUCACGCAAUUUAUUUUCGCGCUUAUCCAUGUCAUCAUUGAGUUUUUGUCUCUCGCGUUCCAUUGCCACGGCCACCACUCUUUGAACGACUGUAUCAAUAUGAUCUAGGUAUGCUGGGCUUUGUUUAGAUCCAGUUAAUGAUGAAGCAGAGGAUUGUGUACAUGCGUUAGCCGAGUGCAAGCGGCCUCUUGAUCUGGUGGAUAUCUUAGACAUGUUAGAGAUUACGUAAUGAUAUAAUUGAAAAGUGGGAUGGGCUGUGCAUCUGCCAACUCACCAGUCAACCAAUUAGAGACGGCCUUCCAAAGUGACACAGCACGAAAAUAUCAAUAUGGGACUGGUCUAGUCAACACAUAGAUCCUGAAAAAACCAUGGAGACCGCAGACGCAAAAUGACUUCCAUACAUAAAGAUAUGAUGCACAAUCUCCAGUAGGUUCAAAACACUGAACACAUGCUAUGCUGAUACACAGACUAUCAUAAGAACUUUAUCAAGCAAAGGAAAUCUGGUAUGAAAUCUCUCAGCUCACAUAAAAAGCCUACGUAGCUACAUGUAGGGAAGAAAAUGCGUAAUUGCUGAGAAAUGAGCAAAAUAAGCAUGUAAUUCUAUCAAAUGUCAGGUAUUUUUCGAAUCGAUUAUAAUACACUGUCCCACAUAUGCUUUUCUGUGUUUACAGCGAUUUUAAGUUUAAAAAUUCAUGAUUUUACAAAGAUACAAGUUUACAUUAAUGUAGCAGAUGUAGAUUAUGUACAAUAUAUUGACAAUUAACUUUGAUUUUAUAGAUUUUCUCAAGAAAUAAUUGUUUGCUGCAACUACUGUCUUUUCCUUCUAAGUGAUAGUGUAAUACAACAGUUCCACAAACUAUUUUAAUCAGACUUAUUGAUGCAUGAUUCUUUCACCCAAAUGCAAGCUUCCAUAAAUCCUGAAAACUUUGCAACUCAGGUAUUUUUUUUUUUUACAUACAGUAUAUUUUUUCCUACAUUACAUAGUUGCCUUAAGUUAAUAGCGCACCUCUAGUAGUAACUAUCUUAAAAUGAGUUGGAACAGAAUCCAACAGAAUUACCAGCAAAGUGUAUGUAUAUAUAAAAGAUGUGUGCCAAAAAGCUCGGGAAGAAAAUGUGUAAUUGCUGAGAAAUGAGCAAAAUAAGCAUGUAAUUCUAUCAAAUGUCGGGUAUUUUUCAAAUCAAUCAUAAUACACUGUCCUGUCCCACAUAUGCUUUUCUGUGUUAGUGAUCAUCAGAAUUAUUGAUUUUAAGAUCAAAAUUCAUGAUUUUACAAAGAUACAAGUUAAAAUUAAUUUACCAGGGCCCCGUCUUACAAAGAGUUAUGAUUGAUGCGAUCAAUCGCAACUAUGGACGGUCAGCAACGUUAACAUCUAUUAAGCAUGUUUGUUCAAAAUAUUUUCUAGCUACAUGUAUGAUGUAUGUUCAUGCAUUCAUUGUUUUCUCAAAAAUUCGCUGCGUUUCUCUUUGCAUACAAAGGACAUUGUGCAAAUUUUUUGUAGAAAAAAAUUAUGACACUGAUGGAUUUCCAUAGAGUUAUGAUUGAUCGGAUCAAUCGUAACUCUUUGUAAGACAGGGCCCAGAUCUAGAUUAUGUACAAUAUUUUGACAAUUAACCUUAAUUUAAAAGACUUUCCGAAGAAAAAAUUGUUUGCUGCAACUACUGUCUUUUACCCCUGGCCCUAAGUGAUAGUGUAAUACAACCCAAACAUUUCAUAAGAAUUAAUGUACAUGUAUGAUUCUUUCACCCAAAUGCGAGCUUCCAUAAAUCCUGAAACUAUUCCAACUCGGGUAUUUUUUUUUUACAUACAGUAUAUUUUUACCUACAUUACAUAGUUGUCUAAAGUUGAAGGUAUAUUUAAUUACAAUUUCAACGAAAAGCUUUAUUCUUGGAGAUCAUUAUGCCUCUGUUAUGUAUUAAUGUGUAUUUAUACAUGUACAAUUGUAUGUAUUGGUAUAACCAUGGACCUAUUACGAAUGGACAUUCAACGAAUCCACUCCUUUGACACAGAGACCGUCGCCGCUAAUCCUUUUAUAAACAGAGCGCUGGCAGCUGACACCCAUCAAGCCGGUCGUAAAACAUGCUCUCACUGA